AAGGCGGUGUUGUUUCUCUGGGCGGCCUUUCCUCCCCGAGGCUCUCCCUCCACCACCGCCCCCUCCCCCGCCCCUCGGCUGGAGGCGUGCCGGGCGCGCUCUUAACUCGCUCGGGACCGGGCCCGGACCUGCAGGGCCGGUUUUCCGGGCGGGGUAGAAAUGUUACCCCGCAGGGCGCCCUGGGGGCCUGGAGCACGGGUUCUCGGAAGGCAGGCGAGCGGCCAGCUGAGCUUGGACGGCCACCCGCGAAGCGACGGAGUGCUGCCUCCACCUACGUGGUCUGGGGUCGCGGGCACCCUCCCUUUUCGUUUUUGCAUCGCGUGAACCCUGGGGAAUCGUGAGACUGUAGGGUUGGAGUGCGGCCACCGCUGCCGCCUCCGCCUGCCAGAGCGGCCAGCACUGGUUAGCGUAAUCACCAUUUUUUUUUUUUUUUUGGUCUUACCGGCUGAGAGGUCCCUGGGCUUUCCCAGCUCUCUCUUGCCCUGUGGCUCAAGCACAGAUUGUAUUAACUGAUAGUCUCGGAGGAACCACUGCCGCCCACCGAGUCUUGUGCUUUGUCCUUUUGGUGGAAAUAACGAUUUAAAGCAAACUUUCCGAGUUUUUUCAGGCCACCGUUCCAGCACCCUCCCAAAAUGCCAGACAUGAAUAAAAAGGAUAAUUAAUCUUCUCUUAAGAUGUUUCUUGUUUCUUCACACUGAUGACAGUAGCAAAUGAGAAAUUUUUUUACGAAAACGUCAUUUUAUUUAAGGGAGUUUUAAAUCCGGUGCAGAUUUUUUCUACUCUACUGGCAACAGAAUUUCAGUGGACUGCUUCAGUCAGGGCAGACUACUGGAAGUCACAACCAAAGAAAUUCUGUGAUUACUGCAAGUGCUGGAUAGCGGACAAUAGGCCUAGUGUUGAAUUUCAUGAAAGAGGAAAGAAUCAUAAGGAAAAUGUGGCAAAGAGGAUCAGUGAGAUUAAGCAGAAGAGCCUGGAUAAGGCAAAGGAAGAAGAAAAGGCAUCAAAGGAGUUUGCUGCAAUGGAGGCAGCUGCCCUGAAAGCAUACCAAGAGGAUUUGAAAAGGCUUGGCUUAGAGUCAGAAAUUUCAGAGCCAAGCAUAUCACCAGUAACUAGCAGUAUCCCACCCACCUCUGUAUCAAAUCAGCAGAAAGAAAAGAAGAAAAAGAAAAAAGACCCAGCAAAGGGCAGAUGGGUAGAAGGCAUAACCUCUGAGGGUUACCAUUACUAUUAUGAUCUUAUCACAGGAGCAUCUCAGUGGGAGAAACCUGAAGGAUUUCAAGGAAACUUAAAAAAGACAACAGUGAAGACUGUUUGGGUAGAAGGUUUAAGUGAAGAUGGUUAUACCUAUUAUUACAAUACAGAAACAGGAGAAUCCACAUGGGAAAAACCUGAUGAUUUCAUUCCACACUCUGGCGAUCUGCUUUCUAGUAAGGUCAAUGAAAAGUCACUUGGCACCCUAGAAGAGUCCAAAUCAUCAGAUUCGCAUAGUGAUUCUGAUGGGGAACAGAAAGCAGAAAAAGCAGAGGUCUCUACAGAAACACAAAAGCCAAAGAUAAAGUUUAAGGAAAAAAAUAAAAACAAUGAUAAAGGAACUGAACCAGAAACACAGAAAGAAAAAAAUACCCAGGAGCAGAAUUCAUCAGGUCCAAAUGCAGAAAAACCCAAAACUCAUAAAAAAUCAAACCCAUAUGGAGAAUGGCAAGAAAUUAAACAAGAAGUUGAGUCUCAUGAGGAGGUAGAUUUGGAACUUCCAAGCACUGAAAAUGAAUAUGUAUCAACUUCAGAAGCUGAUGUUGGUGGGGAACCCAAAGUGGUAUUUAAAGAAAAAACAGUCACUUCUCUUGGAGUCAUGGCAGAUGGAGUGGCCCCAGUCUUCAAAAAGAGAAGAAUUGAAAAUGGAAAAUCUAGAAAUUUAAGGCAACGAGGUGAUGAUCAAUAAUUGUGAAAGAGCUUUUUGUACGUGCUUUUUGAACAGAAUGGAGCUAUAUAUCUUAAAGCUCCUCUGUGUUUGUUUCUAAGUACUUUGAUGCUAAAAAUUUAGAUUUAUUCUAAAUGUAUUUUAUGUGAAUUUAAAAUAAAUCUUUUUUCAUGUGAAAUUUAUUUUUGUUCCUAAAAUGGAAGCCUACCACAUUGCAUUGUAAUACAGUGUAUUGUGUUCAGUGUCUAAAAAUUGCUAAUUAUGUCGUAACAUAAGAUGCUAUGUAUCUGUUAUUUAAAACAUGGAAAAGCAAGGCCUUUAUUUGAUUCUUAUUCAUAUAAACAUACAUACUUACCCUGCACUGAAAAUGCAUUACUUUUGCAUACUGGUAUAUUAACUGUUAUCCAAGAAAUAAGAAUCAGACUACAUAAAAGAAGAUUGACAGCCCAGUGAUGAUUCAGUUCUGAGGAUCUUGUCAGAAGGCUGAUGUAGAAAGUGUAUGUGUAUUGGCUUACCUUACUCAAUUCAAGGUCAAGGGCCAAGAACCAGGCCAGCAGCUCAGGUACUUCAGAUGUAGUGCUUAACAUGGAGUGAAAUCAGACCAAAGGUAUAAAUGCUUAUUUGCCCAGUUCAGUUCAAAGCAACAACCAUUGCUUAAGCAUUGUUACUUUGAGCUAGGCAUUAUGCUAGGAACUGGGGAUAUAAAGAUGAAUAAGACAUAUCCCUCUUCUUCAUGACUUCACAUUCUAGCAUAGUCCUUUUUCCCCUAGUCGUGCACCCUGGUUAGCACCCUUUUAUGUACUGGAAAUUAAUUUUUAAGGUUUAUUUAAAGCUCUGUAGGUGAAGGCUUCAACAAAAAUAGUAAAGUCUCUGGCUUCAGUAAAAAUUGUUAGUAUUACCUUAGACAAAUUGGAAAUUUCCCAUUUUCUGGUUAAAUUUCUUAAAAAGUGGAAUUUUCUUAUUUAAUUCAUUUGAAGUAGGUACCUUCCCUUUAUUACUUCAAAUUCUUAAAAUUACAUUUUUUAUAAAUCGUACAGUAUUUAACAUUUGGUAGUACAUAUUUGUCUUUUAAAGUUACUACUGUACAAGUAAGAAAAUGGUAGCUUAUUAAAAACUAUGAAAGACUAAAUUAAAUAUUAGGUUUUUUCUUUCUUCCGAUACUGAUCAGAGUCAACUUAGCAUUGGUGAGAGAGUAUUUGAAGAGUUGUCUCAUAUUCAGUCUACUUCUUUGGGUAUGUCAUGGAUGUAUAGCAUUAUGGAGAAGUAUUUUAGAUUCUCAAUAGCCAAUUUGUCAUCUAGCUAAGCAGUGCAUUUUGGUGCUUAAUUCUCCUCAAUUGGAAAAGAUAAGACUGUAAAUGGAAUGCUGCUAUAUUUUACCCAAAUUUAGCUUGUACAGAAUACAUAAUUGACAUUUUUAAAACCACACCUCAUUAUGUAAAGUGCUUCUCUUUGAUGCAUUUUUUAAAGUAUCUCCUUUACCUUUGUAAUAAGACAGUAUUCUCAGAAGUUUGCAGGUGCAUCUCCUUGAACUGAAACUGGUUUUAAGGAGUGCUCAGAAAAGACUCUUGGCAAACACAAAAAUUUUCUAUCAAAUUGUAAAAAAUAGUACUUUCCUCUUUGCUUUGAAAGAUUAAGUAGAGAACAUACCAGCUUUAACUGAAUUUUUUCAGAAGUUAAAUAUUUCAUAUCACUUCUGCCAUUACCUUUCUAUCAUAUGUAUUUUUAUAUAUGUGCAGGUAGGAGACUAUAAAAAUAAUAGAUUUUUAUUAUAAGUUUAAAGCCCAAAUAAUAGAGAAAUAAGUAAAAAAAUAAAAAUUUCAAUAAUCUCAGACUCCUCCCCCAUGACCACUGUGGGGGUUUUUUCCUAAGCAUGUUAACAUUGGGUAUAUGUGGGUAACCCUUAUGAUACCUGGCUCCAUGAUGUCCACUCUCUGGAUGAAAUUUAUUCAAAGAAGCAUGGUCCAAACAGCCAAAAGUAGUUUUUGUUUUUUAAUGUAGUUUUUAUAAAUUCUGAAAACUACUGGGGGAAUAACCCUGCCAGAUUUUUAGGUAUUGAAAAACUAUAACAAUUAGUAUGGUACUUGCUCACAUAUAGGCACAUCAUAUAUAAACUAGAAUUUGUUUCUGAUUGUUGUACCUGUAUCACACUGAUUUCAUCAUUGUGUUUUUAUAGUAUGUUUUUUAACAUCUGGUAGAGCAGAGAUCCUCAUAUCUUUCAAAAUGUUCAUAUUUAUUCAUUAUUUCAAGUAACGUUUUGUCAAGUUGCCACGUCUGCUUUCCCAAAAAAACUGAUUUCGUACCACACCUACCAAGUUGGUAAUAAUUGCUACCUUCCUAAGAUUGAUUAUUCUCAUCUGUCAACAUCAUCUUUUCAUUUACUCAGUUCUUCUUUUAUGUCUGUCUACAGUUUUGUAGUUUUCUCCCUGUGGGUGCUACACAUUUCUUGAAAUGUAAGCUCUCUGAGGGCAAGGGCUUGGUCCAUUUUGUGCACGCAUAAGUACAUUACACAUUGUAAGCACUUAAUAUUUGUUGUCUAGUGAAUGAGAAAACUAGAAGAAAAAUAAGCAAUAAAGGAAAUGCAGAUAAAACUA